AAAAAUAUUAUCUUUUUGAAGCAAUAUGGAAUCUACGAAAUCAGUGUCAACUGCGGAAAAUUUCAGCCGCAAGACAAGCAAGCACAGUACUUGAAAUAGUCCAACCAUGGUGAAGAAUAAGGAAAAUUGUAAUUUUUCGAAAACAACGAAAAAUUUGACUUUCCAUAUGCCUGCUUUCGAAUGUCGGAACUCACAUCCCCUAAAUAUCAUGAGGAAAGUAGCUGAAUUUAAGCAGACUAGGAAGGGCACAAAGGGGAGGAAUCUUCAACUCAGUACAUCCAAGACAUCUGAGUUAUUAAACGAUCUUCCUAUUUUUAAUGAGCCUGAUAUUGUUCAGAAGAGCAAGGAGUUAAUCAAUGAGUCUUUAUGGAGCAACGUAGCUGACUUUAUUCUUCAUGCUAAGAAAGGAGAAAUAAAAUAACUACUUGGAUGAUAGGAAAUCAGUCACAAAUUUACCGUUUUUAUUUGAAAAGGUUGAUAGUCACUCAAAAUUAAAAAGUUAUAUCAGGAAAAGUCGAAGAACUGGGUUUAAUGAUGAUCCUACUGACGUACUUUCUCCUGACAAGGGUAUUUAUAAGUCAUCUAACAAGGUCACAAAGAAAGCAGUCACUUCUCUUGUGAGGAAUGAGCAUUCAAAGAAUCCGUUUAGGAUUGACACUAUUAAAUAAAUCAAUAACGAAAUUUAAAAAAAGUUGGAAGAGACAGCAAUUUAGCUCCCCGAGAAAGAAGAAAUUACAGAGUAUUCUUAUUAAUAAAAGAGAUGAAUAUGUCCCACCGAUUCAGCAAUUCAAAAAUAAUUUGAGGAGUACGCUUACUUUUAGAAGUAAAAAUGAAAACAUGCGUAAUUCCAGUAAUAAGUCUAAGAGUUGAAGUAAAGAAGAACACUCUAUUCAAAAAAAUUUUAACAAAUAAAAAGAAGGUUUUCAACAAAGUUGGGCAUGUAAAGAGUCAUAAGACUCUCCAAAAGGCAGUUCCUAGAGUAAACAAGAGGUAUGGUCAGAAGAAGUUGAAUGUAAAUUUGGAUAAGUACAAAUUUAAUUCUCCUCCUCCAAACUCAAUUAAAAAUAUCAACAAGAAAUCUAUUAUGUCAUUGAAUGGCAAGUACCUUAUAACUUCUCCUCCAAAGUCUACCGUCUCCAUUACUGAGAAGAAACCAGCCAGAGGGCUCUCUCCAAGAGCUUUAGUUAAUAAAUCAGAGAUAUUGAAGAAGAUCAAAGAUGCUGUUAAGAAUGGAAGCCCUUUUGCUAAACAGCUGGAAUAGUUUAAGGGUGCUAACACAUG